AUGCUCUUGGGGCGUGUGCCGAAAGAUUACGACGUGGCGACCGAUGCCACGCCCCAGUUGGUCCGGGAGAUUUUCGGCCGGCGACGCACUAUUUUCACCGGGGCGGUGUUUGGCGUGGUGAACGUGUUGGGACCGCGUCAUGUGGCGAACGUCGAGGUGGCUACUUUCCGCACCGACGCCAGCUACAGCGAUGGUCGGCAUCCCGACAGUGUGACCUUCAGCACCCCGGAGGUCGACGCGCAGCGGCGCGACUUUACGAUUAACGGCUUGUUCUUCGACCCCAUCGAUGAGCAGGUGAUCGACUUUGUCGAUGGUCAGCGCGACCUGCAGCGUAAGGUGCUCCGCGCGAUCGGCGACCCGGUGGCACGAUUCACCGAAGACAAACUUCGCAUGCUGCGGGCCGUGCGGUUUACGGCCACGUACGACUUUACGCUCGAUGAAGCAACCGCCGAGGCCAUCAAGCAGAUGGCCGCCGAAGUGAGCGUGGUGAGCGUCGAGCGAAUCGCACAAGAGCUGCGGCAAAUGCUCUCCGGCCCGCGACCGAAACUGGUGGUGGAGUUGUUGCAAGAGACGGGGUUAUUGAAGGCUCUACUUCCGGAGGUGGUAAGUCUAGAUCCGAAAGCCUUGUCACGCACACUCACAAUGCUUGAUGCCUUGAGUAACGCGGAUUUUCGCCUGGCGGCGGCCGUGCUACUGCAUGCGGUGGGGAAUGAAGCGGGCGGUGUCAAUUGUGCUUCGCGAAGUGAAGAGCUGGCGGUGGAGAUUAGUCAGCGGCUUCGUUUGUCGAACAACGAGCGGGACGACAUCGCGUGGCUGAUUGAACAUCAGUAUGCACUUCGCGAAGCUCGCAAGUUACCGUGGUCGCAGCUUCAACCGCUGGCGAUCGAUCCGCGGUUUACUGAUCUGGUUGCGCUGGAACGCUUGGCCGCACGGGUUCAGGGCCGCAGUGAGGCGGAGGCCGACUACUGUGGGGAGCUGCUUAGUCGGCCGCCAGAAGAGCUUGACCCGCCGGCGUUGCUUACCGGCAGAGACUUGAUUCGGCAUGGGGUUCCGCGGGGGAAGAUAUUCGCCACGCUGUUGCAAGCCGCUCGCGAUGCCCAGCUUGACGGUGAAAUUAAGACGCCUGAGGAAGCCUUGGAGCUGGUCGAUCGGCUGUUGGGUGAGGCACAGCCGGGUGGCCGUUUCUCUAUCUUUCGAGCGACUUGCGGAGACGCAGCCAUCAUGAGUGACCGUGCCCACGCGAUUGAAGUUUUGAAACAAGCUCGAGAACGGCUCGCGCAGCAGUUGAUGGAGCGCGUGUUGGAAGCCCCGGAUGAAAUUCUGGAGGAAGCCGACGGCGUGAGUUACGGCGGCCGCAUCGAGACGAUUUACGAACAGUUCGGUGCGCGGCUGGCGAACGUAAGUUCGAUGAUGGGCCAACUGCAGAUGCUGGAGGAAGAGGAAGAGGAGAACGCCACGACCUCCAGUUCGUAUAGUGCGGUGGCAUCGAGCGACGAAUACAAUACCGCGGACACAACUGGCGAAUCGUUCACGCCGGAUGGUCCGCAGCACGAGACGAACAAAGAAUCGGAAGUAGGGUUACAAUCGCCUGCCACUUGGGAAGGCUUCGUCGAGCACAUUCGGCACCAGAAUCGCCCGGAGGCCGUGCGGGUGUUGACCGAAUUGUUCGAGCUUGAACCAGCACGAGCUGAGAAGUGUGUGGCGAAGUUUGCCGAGCUGUGCGGGCAUGACCCUGGCAUGUUUGCCCGGGCGGCCAUGAUGCGACCGAAACUUCGGGCGGCCUCGGUCAACGAUGCUCUAAGUAUGCUGUGGCGGCUUUUCGGCCUGCAGGGGCCGGAGGCGAUCGGUGUGUUUCAGGUGUUUCGCGUCACCAUCGAGCGACAGCCCACCGAAGCCGAACCGUCUGAGUGA